AUGUACGAAGGGAUUGACAACCUGAAAUUCUCUUACGACCGUGCCGGGAAGAAUUUCUCCGGCGGUCCUUCUGCGGCACAGGGUGUGCCGCGUCGUACUGCUCAACCAGACCCAGUACGUCAAUCAUCAGUUGGGAGCGGGGCUCCCAAGUAUCCCAGGACGGGGGAUACCGCGCCACCGGACGAGGUAACUCGUCCGACGUCCGUUCACGUCGCGGUGGUUCAACAGCUGCUCAACCCGAUAGCGCUGGCCACCGCGAGAGUUCUCUAA